GCUGAAGCUUUCUACAAGUAACGAGGCGCUCGAUUAUUACGGUCUACUGUGCUGCGCAUGAUGGGGAAUGUGAGCAUAGCGUUUGAAAAUGUAGGAUACAUUUGAAGAGUGCGGAAAAAGCUUAGGAGGGCAUACGAGGUCUUGGUAGUCUUGGUACCUAUGGUACACAGCACAAGAUAAUUUGACAAGGCUGUCACGGCGAGGCUAUGUUGGUAGACCUCAGUACCGAUGCGUGGAGAUGCCGAGGGGUAGGUAUUUUAGGCCGUAUACGUACAGUGAAUGCAUAUAGAAGUAAAGGUGCACAAGUACCUCCUUCGCUCCCAGCGGCCACCCCUUCACUACCACCAGCCAUGCCCCACACUCCCAACACCGCGCUCCGCGAGAAACAGCGUUCAGCCGCUGGGUUUCUCACCUUCGGUUUUAUUCUCGACACCGUAUCUUGGGCUCUGUUUGGUUAUCUCAUCCACCUCGUCCACAAAGAAACCGACGCCUACUACGCCGCACUCCAGGCAUGUGACUCCCCCAACCCAAGCCCUUCAUCCUGCAACCUUGACCCCCGUACCCACUCCCUCCCCUGGGCCCUCACCCUCACCCUCCCCCCACUCAUCUUCUCCUCCCUCACGGUUCCUAUUGCGCUCGCUCUCGCCCUGCAGAAACGUCUGCACCCCGUGCUCAUACUCUGCGUCGCCGUGCCUUCUUUCUGCCUCUGGAUUUCUCUCGGCAUCCUCAACGCGCUCAGCUCCGAUCCGUACUUGACCGAAAAUAUGAAUCCCAUGCCCGUGGACAAAUGGAUGCAAGGUGUUGCGGGGAUGCAGUGCGCCAGCGGCGCAGCCUGGCUUAUAGGCAUGAGUAUGGCGGCAAGGUGGGUGCAUGUGCAUAACCAGGAGAAGUGGGCGACGAGGUGGAUGGAAGAGCGGGCGAGGAGCAUGGAGGGCACAGGGCUGCCGCCGUAUAAUGUGUGAGAGAGGGAGCUAUCCGGCAUUGUUGUUUGGUUCUCGCGGCGCAAACAGUGGAUUCUGAUAAACGAUGACGAAGGGGCCGCGAAAGUACUACGGAGGUCUACCUGAAAUGUCGACGCGAAAGCGGAGAGUACACACCACUAAUGUAUAAUGCAAUGUCUCAUAUGUAACAAGUUCGGGGGUUAGAUUGAUAUUCAGUUCUCUAGCCUGCAUCAUGAGAAGAAAAUGCAUGCUAUCAAAGCCAUCACCAACAGCAUCGUAUCAACACUGAAAACCCGAAUUCCAGCUCCUCUUGUAUACCGAAUCUCUCGUACAGUGUAACAGGCUCCGUAAGGGGUAGGUUCUAACCUUAAAGGCAGCCCAUUACUCGCCGUCGGUAUAUCAUAAUACGCUUGCGUCGUAGUAGCCGCCGUCUGCAAAUAUCUCUGACCAACGUUCGAACAGAACGCUGCUCC